AUGCUAAAAUCUAUUCUAAGAGUUUCAUACAAAAUAGGAAUUAAUUCAUGUACUUUUUAAUAAUAAUAAAGAAUUAUAGUAAUUACCCAUUUAUUCAUCAGCUCUUUAAGCAUUAUUUUAGAAUGAAUAUGGAUAGGCACAAGAAUAUUUAUAAUAAUUAAAAUAAUAAGUAGAAAAUUUAUAGGACCCAAAUGCAACAUAAGAAGUCUUAGAUUUAUUUGUUUAAUUAUAUAAGCAAACAAAAAAUUACAAAGAUUUAAUAUCAAUCUAAGAAGAAUAAUUUUUUACUUAUCUGUCUAUGAAUUCUAUUUAUAAUGAAGAUAAUUCAGAAUCGUUAAAAGAAUUAUUUAGAUCUUAUAUUGAAUUUGAUCCAAAAAGAGGGCAAGCAAUGUUAUAAUUUUUAUAAGAGAAAGUUGAUGAAAUAAUCCCAUUAGGAUUUUAGAAAGAAUUUUUCACAUAUGGAGGAGUAAAGAUUUGAAAUAUAUCUAUAGACAUUAGAAUUACUUAAUAAAAAUUAUGAAAAUUCUUAAAAAUUAUUUAGUAGUGCUUAAGAUUCAGGAACAAAGGGUAAUUUAGCAGGUUUAUUUUAUUAUAAAUAAUUAGGAAUGUGUUUAAAUAAUUAAGUUAUCUUAUCUGAACUAAAUUUAGAUGGAGAAAUAUAGAAAUUAAAAGGAGAUUUUAAUGCCUUUUGUUAAUAGAAUAUAAAGAAUCUGUUAGAUGCAAUAAUUGCAUUUGAAUUAAAUUCUGUAGAAGAGAAUAAAAAAGAACUUUAUUAUUUAUAUAAAUUAAUUGAAUAAACUGAAGUAAAAAAUAGAAUAUAAAUAAUAAGUUAUAUAUUGAUAAGAAAGAGAUAAAUGCAAUUAUAAAUGGAACUUAAAUUAUAAAUCCAAAUUCUUAUGCAGUAAUAUUAAAUUUGAUAGAUUUAUUAAUUAAUCAUUAAUAUCCAGAUGUAAUAUAGAAUUUAUAAAUUAUGAUAGAAAGCUACUGCUUGGAUUAAAGUUAUUUUUAAAAAUAAAACAUAGAAUCCUAAUAUGAAUAUAAAAAGUUUUGGAAGAUCCCUAUUGUAAUAUGCUAAAAUAUCAAUGAUUGAUAAUAAGAUUAAUUAAGCUGAAACAAUUCUUUUGGAUUUUUUAAACAGUCAACAACCUAGACUCUCAUUUUUGUAGAUGAUGGGUUUAACUCAAUAUAGUCUAUUAUUAAAAACAGAAAAUAGAUAAUAUGAAGCAGAUUGUAAUCUUUUAGAAUUAUUUAGAAUAUGAAAAAUAAGCAUUAAACAUUUCAUCAAAAUUAAGUCCAACAUCAUAUAUUAGAGAAUAAAUUAUAUUAUUAUGA